AUGGAGCUGCUUGGAAGUGGAAACUCGGGAUGCGUUUAUUCCGCAAAACACGAGCUCACAAAUGCACUGGUUGCUGUUAAGAUAAUUUGGAAAAGAGACCUCAACCCAUAUCGGCUUUCAAGAGUUCAACGAGAAGUCGAAUGUCUUCGUACUUUAGACCAUCCAUUUAUCAUCAAAAUUCAUCAAAUCUCUGAAGACGAACACAAUAUAUACAUGUUCACAGAAAUUGCCGAACGGGGUGAAUUGUAUGGUAAAAUUGCUCGUGAUGGGCCGAUAAAAGAGAAUGAAGCGCGAUUGCUUUUUUGGCAAAUUAUUCUUGCUGUCGAACAUAUGCAUAAUAGAGGAGUUGUUCACAGAGACCUCAAAGCAGAAAACAUUCUAAUUGAUGAAAACGGUCAUGUCAAAAUAGUCGAUUUUGGUUUUGGCAAUUUUUACCAUCAUCAAUACUUGAUGAAGACUUUUUGCGGUUCACGACCAUACGCUGCUCCGGAAAUUUUUAAAGGACAGCCAUAUCACGGACCGUCAAUUGACAUUUGGAGUUUGGGUGUUCUUUUAUUUGCCAUGACAACUGCCACAUUGCCAUUUGAAGAAAGUGAGUCUUAUCCGAUUAGCGAACGAGUAUUGGAUGGAAGAUUCCGAUCACCCUUUUUCAUGAGUUUAGAACUAGAGGAUCUCAUUAAACGAAUGUUAAACAAAAAUCCCGCAAAGCGAGCAACUAUUCAUGAUAUUAAAUGUCAUCCAUGGAUGAUCCGUGGAAAUGCGGAAAAAGAUGUCACAACGAUUAUUGAAACUUAUAAUUCUUUAACUGUCGAUGAACGAGGAACCAAAGCGGUGAAAUGGUUUUUAAAACAGAAAUUUGAUUGGGACGAAGACAUCAUUUCGCAGGCAAAGACGAGUAAGUCACUCGAUGCGGUAUAUGGAUGCUGCAGUAUGCUUGCGGAAGUAUACCGGAAAACAUACACUCAAGUGACUCUAAACGAAAUUAUAAUGAAGAAGAAGGAGAAAUCAAAUCAAACGACCCCAAAGCUUGGAGCUCUCCGAAAUUGUGACCACUUUCAAACAUUGGACAGUGGAACUGGAAGCUCUAUUUGUGGGGCAAGUCGACAAUCAACAAUUAAUUGCGACUCAAUUGAUGACUACAUUGACUACGACUUUGGAGAAUGUUCGGAUCGGCGAAUAAUGGAUGAAGUUCAUCCAGAGUCCAGAAGCUUGCCUUCAUUCGAUAUGGGAGCUCAGGGAAGUAAAGUAGAUUUUCGGCAAGCUGUUCUAGAAUUCACGUCGAAAUCAAGUAACAAAAACGAUGAAAGCUUUUGGGAUCAAGUAUGGUGGCCGGAAAACGUUAGCGACAUCUAUGCGAUGAUAACUGGAGAUGAAAUUCGCAAGCUAAGAGACGACGCUCCAAAAAAUCUCGCAACGCUUUGCUACAAAUGUUUGGAAAAACUUCAAUAUUGCCGAGAUCAUCCGGCGACCUUUAACCCUAAGAAAGCAAUUAACUGUAUCCGUCUAUUGACUCGAAUGAUUCCAUUUAUGUUAGAAGAUGCGGAAUGGCGCGGAUAUUUCUGGACCCCAAUGCCUCAAGAAGAAAACAACAGAAACUAUGCAACUUUGUUGCUUGAGAUUUUAUCAGAUUUGCUUUUUUGUCCAGAUUUCACCGUUUCAAAUUUAACUCCAAACUCAGCUAAAAUUGAUGAUCUUUCAACGAUCGAUUCGUGCGAAUACAUUUGGGAAGCAGGUGUUGGCUUCGGAAAUAAACCACCUAUGGUUGCUCAGCAAUACCAACAUCGCGCCGAAAUUUUAAAACUUCUGCUUGCGUGCUUUUCAGAAGUAAUUUACGCUCCUGUAAACGAUGAAAACCGAUUGCGAUGGGUAGCUCAAUUCACGUCUAGCACAAACCGGCACGUUCUUCCAAUCUUCACAUCAUUAUUGAAUGUUGUUUGCGCGUAUGAUCCGGUUGGAUAUGGCCUUCCAUACAACUAUCUACUUUUCAACGAUUCCCGAGAGCCAUUGGUUGAAAUUUCACUUCAGGUACUAAUUGUGUGCUUGGAUAAGGAGAGUCAACCGAAAACUGAUGAAUCCGGAUACCUUGACAAUUAUUUCAUUAACUAUUUAAGUAGGAUUCAUAGGGAAGAAGACUUCGAUUUUAUGCUAAAGGGUGUUACGCGACUUUUAAGCAACCCCUUGCUCUCGUCGUCGUCUUAUUUGCCAAAUUCAACAAAACGAGUUAAUUUUCAUCAAGAACUUCUUGUCCUUUUGUGGAAAUGCUGCGAAUUCAAUCAAAAAUUUAUGUUUUACGUAUUGAAAACCUCCGACGUUCUCGAAAUUUUGGUUCCAAUUCUGUAUCAUAUAUCGGAUGCAAGAAAUGAUUCAGCUCGAGUUGGUCUUAUACAUAUGGGAGUGUUCCUCAUAUUGUUGUUGAGUGGAGAAAGAAAUUUUGGAGUCCGACUUAACAAGCCGUACACCGCAAAAGCAGCAAUUAAUGUUCCGCCAUUUACUGGAACACAUGCAGAUCUUUUAAUUAUUGUGUUCCACAAGCUAAUUACUACUGGAAAUUAUCGUCUUCAGUCACUUUUUGACUGCUUCUUAACUAUUAUUGUGAAUGUUUCCCCUUACUUAAAGUCAAUUUCAAUGGUUGCUUCCAACAAACUUCUUCACCUCGUCGAAGCCUUCUCUACUCCAUGGUUCCUUUUCUCGUCUCCAACCAAUCAUCACCUUGUUUUCUUCUUACUUGAAGUAUUUAACAAUAUAAUUCAAUACCAAUUUGAUGGAAAUUCAAAUUUGAUUUAUACAAUAAUUCGCAAGCGGCAUGUUUUUUAUCAAUUAUCAAACCUUCCGGUGGAUGCGGCCUCUAUUGCAAAGUCUCUUUCAGGACGUAAGAACAAGAGCGCAAAUCGAGACGAGAUGGUCGAUCAACUUAAAAGCCCCACAAGUCCGACAUCUCCCGAAAUUCCAAAUUCGACUGUACCAGCAGCUAUCACAACAACUGCUGGCCUUGCCGCUACUCCGGCGGUAUCCAGUAUGACUGGAACCACUGGACAAUGGGAAAAUAAAGGAACUGUGAAUGACGGAGAAUGGGUGGCUACCGCGGAAUGGGCUGAAGACUGGAAGGCGAAACUUCCCUUGCAAACAAUUAUGAGAUUACUUCAAGUUCUCGUUCCACAAGUCGAAAAAAUUUGCAUUGACAAAGGUCUCACCGACGAGAGUGAAAUAUUGACGUUUUUGCAACAUGGAACUCUAGUUGGCUUGCUUCCAGUGCCACAUCCAAUUUUGAUUCGCAAGUAUCAGGCAAAUGCUGGAACUAACCAUUGGUUCCGAACCUACAUGUGGGGUGUUAUCUAUUUGAGAAAUACUGAUCCGCCAAUUUGGUACGAUACAGAUGUGAAACUAUUUGAAAUUCAACGUCUUUAA